AUGCAUAUGAACGACAUGAAUGCUACUCCUCCCCUCCCCAAUGUUUCUCGCUUUUUCUUUAAUGCCUUACCCUUUUAUGUCAUGUCAGCCAUAGUCACAUGUUCACCAAGCAAAGUUCUAGCUGCUGCUCAUUAUAAAGACACCAUUCGGACGCUUCCCUCCAUUUUUUUCCCAAACUUGGUCAUGAAUCCCUUAACCCUCUUGCUCCUUUUGCCCGUUUUUACUCAGUUUUUGGAAGUUGAGCCUGCAAGACCCAAGCUUCCAGGGAAAACCAGGUUCCCCAUCUCACAAAUCAGUGUGAUGGGUUUUGUUUAUUGUGAUUUCUGCUCCAACAACAGCUUUUCCAGACACAGCUACUUCUUGUCAGGUGCUGAGGUCAAAGUUGACUGCAUGUUCAAAGCACUCUCAGAGAAAACUGCUGAACAGAUUUCACUUUCAGUAAACAGAACUACCAACAAAUAUGGGAUGUACAAGCUGGAAAUCCCUUCAGUGGAUGGAGUGAAAUGUGCAGAAGACUCAGCAGUUGUGUCCUCAUGCCAAGCAAGCUUAUUAGGUAGUACAUCCUCUGCUUGCAAUGUUCCUGGCUACAGAACCACUUCUAAUGUGAUAGCAAUCAAAGCAAGAAAAGCCAACCUCUGCAUAUACAGCUUCAAUGCUUUGACUUUCAGACCAUCCAAGAGGGACAUCACCUUAUGUGGUAAUUAA